UGAGCGGCUGAAGCACCAGACUAUCCAUUUGCCACAUAUCGAGUGCACAUGCGCCAUUGUACCAUCUAGCAUGGCGGCGACCAUGUAUCCGAGACGCAGCGGCAGGCGUCCAAAAGGUCGCCAUGAUAGCGGAGACGCGGAUGUGCCGCUGGAUUUAAACAAAGAGCCGGCUGAUAAUGUGCGGGAUAUCCUCGUCCAUGUGGUACAGGAACGGAACAUCAACCGGGGCAGGCGGGUGGCUUACCUCAACAACUUUGUCAAGGUCAUCAACCAUGUAUCCAGCAUUGAGAAGCUUGGGCACCCCAUCAUGGAGAUGGUUGGCUGCUUAAGGUUGUCCCUCCUGCACAGCACCAAGGAGGUACGGAGCGCGGGCAUCCGGGCGCUGCGCCACCUCCUGCAGGACGAGAUGGCCGUCGAGGCCAUGAUGACCCUGCACAUCGACUACCUGGUCAUGAGAUCUCUGGACAUCUGCCUGGCCAACGACAUAGAGAGAGUUCAGGCCAUACGCUUCAUCAGAAGGAUAAUUGCCAUCGCCCCAUCACUCUGCCCCAUCUCACUGGUGCACACGCUGGUCGCCAUCGCCAACAACGGCACCAAGGAACGAGACAGGAUGGUCCGGCCCUCCUUGGAGACACUGAGCGAACUCGCGAUUAAGAACACGGACGUGUUUGCAGCGGCAGGUGGCUUGUCGACACUUAUCAUGAACAUACUGGACACACAGUCUCUGCGCAUGAACGAGUCCAUUAUGCUGACGGUGUUACACCUGCUGAACCAUCCGCACACAAGGAAGUACAUCCGACUUGAUGUGGACAUAGAGCAAGUAAUAGCCCCUUACACAGACUUUCACUACAGGCAUAAUGGAGACACCAACGAACAGACACAUGAAGAGAGGGAAAUGAGAUAUCUGGCGAGCAGGUUGGCCGUGGUAACACUCGUCAGGUCAUGGCCAGGAAUGAUACGGCUCUGCCGACCUGACGCCAGCGGUCUCACCUCGCUCAUGUCAAUUCUGUGCAUUCCACACGAGGAGCAUCGGAGGUACCUGCUACAAGUCCUCUUUGACAUCUUUUACAUCCCCAUACCGGAAUGGACAGACGACUUUGAUGUUGCCCUACAAAGUAUAGAUCGGUAUGAGAUGCAGCCAUCAUGGCAACUGAGCGAAGGUUUUAUUGUGGAGGAAGGCAAAGCCAUCCUACCCCACCGAGCGGCCACGAGAACCAACUUGACGGAGAACCACCUCGCGUUGAUCCUGCUGGCAUUCACCAACGCCGGACUGCUAGAGAGUAUCGUGGAAGUGAUCACGUCGGGUAGUGAGCACCUGUCCAUCAUGGCCACCAUACUGCUUGGAGAACUGCUCCACAUGGCGGACCGGAUCCUGCCCCCUGAGUGCGAGCAGCACCACCACUGCCUGCCGACGCUCAUGAUUCUGGCCGCAUCCUGCGAUGUCCCGGUCCUCCAAAGAAAUCGUGCGAGCGCUGCUGUCACUCACCUGGACCGACUGCACGAGUUCAACAAGCGAGGGCCGGUCCCCUGCAGCCUCUUCCUCAGCUUCAUCAUGAGCCUGUCGGAGACGUUCAUGGCCGACCGGAAAUCUAAACUCAACCGGGACAAGAUCAAACAAUGCAUGAACAAGGACACGGAUGACAUCGCCACGCAAGGCAGCCUGAAAGAAACGCAGGUCCUCACCGGCAAGGACUACACAGUCUGGAAUUGGGACGUCAUCAGCUGUCUGAUCAAGAAAGGAGGGCCCUGCCUAAGAAAAUUUGAAGAUGCCAACAUCAGUAGGUUUUUCAGACGGCUAGUGGAAUUCUACAAACCCAGCAGCAAGCAGUUUUCCAACAUUGAGCUGCCCAAGUCGCUGGUCAGACCCGCCAACCUGCAGACGCACACCCUCGUCGGCUGCCAACUCAUCGAGUUCCUGUUUGACGGAGAUGAGAAUGAAGCCCAGAGCCUCCUGCGGGACCUGGCCCAGGACAUCGCCGACUGCUUCCUGGAGAUCAGCUUGGUACCCAACAACAACAUCCCACCCGAGGCCGUCUUCAGCCCCAUCAGCGUCCAGACCACGCUCAGCCAGGACUACUUCCUCUUCAUCGGCAAGAUCUCCCACUCCUCCAAGGGCGAGAAGCUCAUGGAGAAGACCGGCAUGUUCCAGUACAUCCUGGACUUGUGUUCAUCCAAGAGCCCCGAGAUGCUGCAGAAGCUCAUAACUACCUGUCUCAAUUGCAGCCGGGAAGGGCUCGGCAGGACCAUCCUCAGCAAACUCCUCACCUCCACCUCAGAGUCCAUGCGGCUGUACGCCACGGGCCACCUCAGAGUCCAACUCCGCGCCCAGAUCCCCUUCUUCCAGAACUGGGGUAUGGAGCUGCUGGUCACCCAGCUGUACGACAAGAGCGCCACGGUGGCCUCGGAGGCCAUCGAGAUCAUCGAGGAGGCUUGCGAGGACGACACCAACCUGCACAGCUUGGUGCAGAUCAGGCCCUCCUUGCUGCACAUGGGAGACAGAGGGGUGCUGCUCCUAACAAGGUUCCUGUCCACCCCAAAAGGCUUCAAGUACCUGUCGGAGGUCAACUUCGUCACCCAUGAGCUGGAGAAGUGGCGUUCAGUCUACAACCGCAAGUACGUGACCCUGGUGGAGACGGAGAUCAACGAGGCCUUCACCUGCUACCAGAAGCCCGUCUACGAGGGCGGCUUCGUGCGACGCUCGCAGAACGAGCAGCGCAAGCGGCGGGACGUCUACGUGCCGGUGCACCUGUACGGCCAGCUAGUGCAGCACAGGGGCGGCUCAGAGACCUUGGAUAAGCAGCAACACAUCCACACCUUGUGCGAUAUCGUUCGGUACGGCGACACCAGCAGCUACUCCAGUAUUCUCAGCCUCAAAGCAGCUCUCUGGGCAUUGGGCCACACAGGAACCUCGUCUUACGGACUCCAGCUACUGUCGUCGGAAUCGAUUGUACCGGACAUCAUCAGGCUUGCCGAGGAAUGCGAGGUCUUCUCAGUCAGAGGAACUUGCUUCUACGUGUUAGGCCUUUUCUCCAAAACUCGCCAGGGGGCAGAUCUCUUGAGCUCCCUGGGGUGGGAGAGUGUCCGCCACUCUCGCAUGGCCUACUUCCCCGUCCUGGAGGAGCGGCACAACAUCUUUGACGAGCUGGGCCGGUUCACAGAGCCGACAGGCCCGCUGUCCCCUUGCUCCACCUUGAGCGAGUCUCUCUACACCCUGGACAGCCCCAAGCUGGAGCCCUGCGACAAGGUGCCCGAGCUGGAGAGUCCCAAGCUGGUCGUGGAGAACGACCCGGACGAAGAGAGUGCAUUCUUCGUCAGCGGGGAGGUCAGCCCCGGUCGGAGCCCCAGCCCCCACCAGGGAUUCUCGGAGGAGGAUGAGGACGGGGAGGAAAGGCAGCAGUACGUCACGGACGAGAAGUCGCCAUCACUGGCCCCGCCCAUUCAGAGGAUUGGGAGGCGUGACAGAACGAAAUCCAGCCCCACCAAAAUGUUGGCAGUGGAGCACAGGACUCGCAUGAGCUCAAGUGAGGUUGAAAUCAGGACUAAAGGUACGAGCAGUGUGGAAAUUGCAGUGCGGACCAGAUCCGGGUCACACAGUGACCUUCCACAACGGACUCCGAACCACGACAGCGCACGGUAUGCCAAGUACGCAACCAUCGGGCACGUCGGGGCCGUGCCACGCACCAGCAUCCUGCGGCGUGUGGCCACCAUGCCGGCCAUGGAGGAGCCAGGCCCCGGCUCAGGCCAGCCGCGCAAGAAUGGCCGGCCCGUGACCAAGCUACGGAGCAACAGUGAUGCCAGCUCCAAGCCUCACCACCACCGGGCCGCCUCGCCUAACCCCAACAUGGCCCGCUUCCAGUCGCAGAGCACACCCGAGCGGCUGCGGGCGCAUUCCAUGCGGGAGCGGACAUUCAAUAGGCGCUGCGACAGUAAUGAGAGCGGGCGCAGCAGCUUUGGCACCAAGAGUCGCAGCGAGAGCUUCGCGACAGACACCACCCAGACCAGUGGCAUCAGCUCCCUGCACUCCAACCCUAACAGUCCCCCUCCUGAGUCCUCCAACUCCAGCCUCAACACCAUCACCAGCAGCCAGACGGUCAAGGGGGUCCACUCCUCGGACACGCUGCGCCGGAAGCACAACCUGACCCGGACUCCCAGCUUCAUGAAACGCCUCUCCAAGACUGUCUCCUCCAACUUCAACACGCCGUAUUCAAACGUGCUGGAAACGAGCGCCGUGUUCACCACCAGCCGAGACGCGCAUGGGUAUGCGGCCUUGAAGGCGUUGCGUAUUCAUCGACAGAUUUCAGGUGACCCCACGAGUCAAAGUCCCCACCGCCCAGCAUCCAUCAGUAGCCACGAUGAGCUGGCCUAUCAUGUAGAAGAGAGGAAGAAGGGCCUUCUAGUUGACCGAGCGGUUAGCAUCAAGUCACUGGACGUCAUACGCGGUGUGCCCAAGCCGCGUUCCAACACCCAGAGCCAGUCGCAGAGCGGGGAGUACCUUGGACUGUGUCUGCCGGUGGACGUCAGUCUCAUUUUUCACACCGACGAGAGCCAGUACCGUGGUGGCAGGCACCCCCCUUCCCGCACUUCCUCCAACACCUCGGGCUUUCAGGACUUCUGCUGCCUGGACCCCUCCGCCCUCGUCCCUGACGGCCGGCUGCGGCAUGAUGAUGACCGCGACAACGUCGAGAAGAUGCACGAGAUGGAGGCCUCGGACAUCUCACGCUUCCUGGAGCCACAGGUGAACGAGAGCUACGACGCCCAGAGUGACUACCGCGGCCGCAAGAGCAGCGGAAGCGUGGGCAUUGGCAUUGGGCGGGCCGAGGUGGAUUUCAGCGAGGACACCAAGCACCAGGCCGAACACUGCCUCCUCUGCACCAAGAUGAGAGCACGGAGCGUUUACGAUCCCGAUGAAGAAGAUGAUGACCGGCUGCGCUCCAUCAGCGAAGCAGACAGCGGCCUGCCCCAGACCCGGCCCCGGCUGCGCGGCUCGAGCGCAGCCAGCAGCCGCUACACACCGACCAGCGCCGACAUGUCCUCGGCCAGCACGGCCAGCGGCCACAGCAGCUCAGACUCCAACCAGUCCACCCGGAUGCGGCAGGACACCCCCCGGGGUCGGGCCCUCAUCCGCAAGGAGGUGCUGCGCCUGGUCAUCAACUUGAGCAGCUCGGUGGGCAUGAAGGCACAGGAACAAGGAUUAUUAAGCUUGAAAGAGAAAUUCCCGUCCACAUUUGAGAACGCCUGCUUGUAUUCUGAUGUUGCCUACCUCCUGGGCAACUGCAGCUAUCGCCUCUCGGCCCGGCGUUUCAUUCAGGAGCUUUUCCAAGAUGUGAAAUACUCGGAGUUAUUUGAAGAGGCCAAAGAAAUCCAAGGGGUUGUGGAAGCAGGAAAGCAGCUGGAAGAGACAAGCAACAUUCUUUCUGUCGUCUGCCAGUAGUUGGACCCUGUCAUUAUACGAUGUGAUUCAUUAGCUGGCGGUGUUUUAGGGAACAGGUGCAGUGAGGCCACAGGCUGAAUAGUCCAUGUUGAUUGCCUAGUUGAUCUGGCCUGCAUGUAACUGAUGAAGUCUUCAUGUUCGGUGGUCUGCCCUGUAAUUGAUCCACCGGCCAAGAAAUCAGUGGCCAACAGAACUCAGGUGGCCACUAACGUUGGGGCAAGACGGUGGUCUGUGGUGUAUUGUCUCUAUGAUUGUCGGCCCAAAAAAAAUGGCCAGUGGAAUUCUAGGAGGCCACUAACUUUUGGUCCAAGGUGGAGCCACUGGCAGCCACCAAACUGGCUGCAAGCAGAAUUUCAGGUGGCUGCUAACCUUUGGACCAGUGGAAUGAAGUGGUUGUCUUUUGGCCUGUAAGUUAUUGGCCUGCUACUCAAUUCUUAAAAGACCUUUUUGUUUCUUAGACAGCCUGCUUUUUAGACCGGCAACUGCCAAGACACUAGCCAGUAGCAAGUGGCCACUCACCAAAGGUGGAAAACUGGGUGGUCUGGAGAAUAACUGGCUGGCUGCCUGCUGGCUGGAAGCCUUUUUUGAAGGCCACAUGUUAGCGGCCAGCAGAUUCACACUUUCUUCUGGGUGAUAGGUGCCUGGUAUCUUCCCGGUAUCAUUUCUGGUAGCCACAAUCCCAGGCCAGGUUGUCAUUUGGCCUGUAGAUUGCAAGCCACCGGCUGGAAGCCAAAUGCAUAACAGCUUGCACCAACAACGGAUGAAUGGAGAGAUGUCAUUUACCUAGACCAACUUUUAUAGUACUUAUCAAAUUUCUUGCUGCAAAUGGUAUUUAGAGGAUAAGCACAAAUUUAGAAUUUGUUGGUUAUGCAAAUUUUACCUGGGCACAAAAUGAAAUUGUCCAAGCUAUGCUGUAGAAUACACUUGUAUACAGGUAGAAAAUAUUGCUAAAGUUACACGGCACUCUUGUCCAGGAGUGAAGGGAGUGAGUCAUUGUGUAGCACAAACUGGUACUCGUUCCAUGGUUGAGUAGUUUCCGGAUUCUUUAAUGUGCAGGGACCACCGGAGGGGCGCAACCCUCGUGAGGAAAGGAUUUUUUGGUGUCACAAGCUUGUUGAGCAAGCUGUGAACAAAGAAAGGACGCGGGGCACGUUUUCCUCCAAGUACUACAGCUAGCGUUGCUUUAGGCCGCCAGCUUGCCGCUCACUCUUCCACUGGGCUGAAUUGUCUGGUGGGCUGUGGAUUUGCAAGUCCCCCGUGCGCAAGUUCCCUGUCAGAGGUGUCAAACGGAGAGAGACGACCAACUGUUGAAGGACAUUUCUGCUAGGAAUGCCAGUUGCCAUGCAAAGAUGUUACGAAUUUGGUCCACAUUCGGACGAAAAUUGGUCUCGUGUUCUCCACGCCAUGCAAUGUUCUCCACACCACACAAACAUAAACCAGUGCAAGCAAGCACACUGCCUCUCAUUAACGGUCCAUUCGGUGCCAUUUACUGUUCUCAUAUAGAGUCCCUAGACCACAAGUUUGGCAUGUCGACUGCAGGGCCAAAUUUCACAGAGCUGCCAAGCAAAAGACAAAGUGCUCAGCAAAUUCAUCUGAUUUAGCAAAACUUCAGCUGGGUGGCAGCACACGAAACGUGUUAGGAGAUUGUGGCCGGCGACUUACUUAUGCUAAGCAGAUAUUUCUCUGUGCUCAGCGAAAAUUCUGUGCUUGGCAGCCGUAUGAAAUCGGCGUCCAGACUGUGUUGGUGGAUGCAAGAGCUUACCUGCAGAGGAGUGAAGUGGCAAGUACAUCAGAUGAAUGGAUAGUUAGCAACCAAGGCUUGUUCAUGGAGUACCCGUCAACUCGCUGAUAACGACCAGUAGAUACUGGAGGUCUGAGCAUUCCAAACAGGCAUUCUUCUGAGGCUUCUAAAUUAAUUUAUCAGCAAAGGCCAGCAAAAUUGUUUUUUGGUCCAAACCAAGUGAUUUUUUCCACAAUGGCCGGUCUCGCUUCUUCUAUUCUGUAGUUUGCCAGGGCCACUGUGACACCUGUAUGUUCACACUGAGUUGGGCCACUCUGAAGAAUCCUGGGAAGAGGUUUGUGGUGACCGAGGAGCCAGAACGGCUCGAGACCAGUCAAAGUUAGUUUACCUUUGUAAUUUAUUCGUAGACUGAAUGUGAACAGUUGCACUUUGCAUAAAGGCUGCAAUUGGACAUUGUUAAGAAAAAUGAAAAUCUGAUCGAUCAGAUUCUUGGCAAGUUGCCAAUACUCAAUUGACAGUAAGAUAUUUACAUUUUUAGCUUUUUGUAGAGAAUUGUGCUGCCAUAAUGAAAAAGAAGAAAAAAGGACUCACUGACAGAGUAUAUUAUAACAUUGAGACGACUGUGUAAAAAGUAGGCAGAUUUAUUUUUUAAGAGAGAAUCAAUGUUACUUAAAUUUACUAAAUGUUGACCUUUUUUUCAGCACUGUAGUUUUCUGAAAGGUCUACAAAGACACAAUCCUGUUUAUUGUUUGCAUUUUGUUGUUGAUUUUGUUGUUUGGGGUCAUUCUGGUGGCCACAUUUUCCUUCUACGGUUGAAAGAGAUUGUUAUGUUGAUGUAAAUAUGAAGGAGGCUGUGUUGGCUCUUAUGCAAAGUGCAUGGUCAGACUUGGUCGACAGAACCAAACAAAAAAGAGAAAUCAGAGUUAUUUUGAGAUGGAAAAUGGCGUGCAACAAAUUUAACAGUUGAUAAAAAAACCAAAGUGCAAUAAUUUCCUCCAAUGAGUAUGUAAUCAUGAUUGUCACUAAUGAGCUUUUUAAAAGUCAAAUAUGAUGUUGCAUGCAUGCAAGUAGGGCACCCUCUGUUGGUUGCAAAUGGCAGGCAACAGAGUGCUGUAGAAGAAAUUCUUUUCAAUGGAAGCAGCCAGUCGUUACCUAAGCAGCAAACUGCAUAGUUUGAUCUUUUACAUUCAGGGGGAAAAAAAGAGGGAAUGUUUCAUUUUCUGAAAAAAUGGUAGAUCGUAUUUUUGAAAAAUUUGAUUGGAUGCAAUACAUGAAACAUUUAAUAUUAAAACAAUCGUUCAGUGUAAUAUGACGUCCAGCCGCCCUUUUCAAAUUGCCAACAUUGCGAGCUUUUAAAUCAUUCACUCUGGUAACUGAAAAUGUGCCAUUUUUGUAGCACAAAUCAAUUCCUUCCCUGUCCAAUUUCCGGGAUUAUGCCACCCCCCUCCCGGGCAUACCACUUAUGAUUGCCAGACAUGGUACCAAUCUAGCAUAGGACAGUCCAUGCAUUGUGUACAUUGUGUUGUGAAAAGUUGUCCAUUGAGGACAUCUUGACCAAGAGUCAUGAAGCUGCUAAACAAGAUUGUAAUUCAAUCACCAACCUACCGAGAACCAGUUAAUAGAAACACAGACCACAUAGUAUUCCAACUGGUAACCUCUUUUUGCUAAGCAUAUGUUUUCUGUGCCCAGCGAAUGUGUGUACUUAGUGACUUCAGUGAAAUAACACCAUUCAUUCAUUUUUACCAGAGCACUCGUAAAAGAUUGCAAGUGAUGCAUUCGUCAAAAUGGUACCUUGGAGACUGAUAUUGGUCAAGCUCAAGUAAUGAAAAGUUCUCUUAUAAGAAGACUGUCUGCUGUCCAUUAAGACCUGCUUUCACAGACUUUGCGAAGUUUAUAACAGUUCACAUUUUAUUGUCAUCUGUAUGUUCAGCCAAAAAAACUGUAAUUAAAAAUUCCCAGGGACACUUAUUUUGAUUGAGACGCGGAGCCACUACUUUUUUUUUCUUCAAAAUUAUGCAAUUUGUUCAUGACCCAAUGUACAUGUACUAAAGAGUGUAAAUAAAAAUUGCCAGAUUAUAAACUUUUAUGUGAGCCAAAAAAUAGUUUCAAAAGUUGGUGACUUAAUUACAUUGUCACAGCAUCUUCAUUUUGUAUAUACUUAGAGAUAUGAAUUCCAGGGAUUGUGUUUAAAUUCACUAUCACUGUUUUACUACGAUUUCUUCUGCCUUUUAGCAUUUGAAAUCUGCCAGAUCAUAAAAAAUCUAAAAUUAAGUUCAAAUUUUGUUUGCUUAGUCUGUUUUGCUUUAAGUCACUUAUCUUCAUGCAAACCCUAAUGCGCAUAUGCCACAUAAGUAACAUCUUCGUUAGAAGCAUUUGAAGAACAAAGUCAUCUUUUGAAUGGUUAAAGAGACUAGAUGAUAGUUUUAAGCUUUCACAGAUUUUCAUCUUUUCCAAUGCUAUUGAAACCUGUUUGAUAUAUCUUUGUAUGUAUUCUUCCUGACCCCAAAACAUAAUUUAUGCUCAAAAUAUGCUGUUGUUGUUUUUUCCCCACUGUGUUUUCAUUGUGCUGUUUAAAAUGUCAAAUAUACAAAUUAACAAUUUCAGCCAAAUUUUCACCAGAAAAUACAGAACCGAAAUAAAUCACAACUUCAUUGUCUGUAAUAUAGAAUGAGAUCAAACAUUCAUAAAAUCCACUGAUUACAGAAGAGAAUUAAUUGCCCAUUUCCGGUGGUUCCUUUUGGAGACGUUCUUGAAACUUAAAACUCUUGUUUUAGAACAACUAAGCCUGUCAGGAGAAUCGACAGCACGUCUGAUUUGUGUCUAAAAGUUGAUGACAUUUUCUCUGAAUUCUUUUUGAUUUCACUGAGCCUGUACUUUUCCAAAAGCCGUUCGAUUUUUCAAGUUAUCACAGAUUUUUGGGACUUACAGUAGCCCAUAAUUAUCUAGGCUUUCGGCCCAUGCAACAAUUUAAUAUACUGUACAGCACUGAUGUACAACUCACUUUAAAGAAGAAAAAGCAAGAGAUGUGUUUAAAAUCGAUACUUAUGGAAAUAAAAUCGAUGUUUUCAGCAAUAAUA